GCACUUUCCCACCAUGCAGCGGGUGAUGUCUGAGGAAAGAUGGCGGAAGGAGGUGCGGCGGAUCUGGAUACCCAGAGAGGAGAGGUCGCGGCACUGUUAAAAACACAGCUAAAAAAGGGAGACACAUGGUACCUGGUGGACAGUCACUGGUUCAAACAGUGGAAGAAAUAUGUGGGAUAUGACAGUUGGGACAAAUACCAGAUGGGUGACCAGAAUGUCUACCCCGGACCCGUUGAUAACUCUUGUCUUCUCAGAGAUGGGGAUGUGCUGGCCAUCAAGGAGCACCUCAUCGAUGAGCUUGACUACAUCCUGGUCCCCACAGAUGGCUGGAAUAAGCUCGUCAGCUGGUAUGGAUUGACAGAGAAUCAGGAGCCAAUUGCACGCAAGGUGGUGGAACAGGGUAUGUUUGUGAAGCACUGCAAGGUGGAGGUGUACCUGACGGAGCUGAAGCUCUGUGAAGACAGCAACAUGGACAAUGUGAUCACCAGACGCUUCAGUAAAGCUGACACAAUAGACAUGAUUGAGAAGGAGAUGAGGAAGCUGUUCAGCAUCCCUGAUGAGAAAGAGACCAGGCUGUGGAACAGGUACAUGAGCAACACCUUUGAGCCUCUCAACAAACCUGACAGCACCAUUCAAGAUGCCGGCCUCUACCAAGGACAGGUUCUCGUAAUAGAGCAGAAGAGUGAGGAUGGAUCAUGGCCCCGAGGCUCCACGGCACCCAAGUCAUCUGGUGCUUCCAAUCUCUCUGCUUUGCCAAAGAUCUCGCCUUCAUCUCUCACAAACAAUCAUAACAGCAGCUUCAACAGCAGGAACGUGAAGAAUUCAAGCUAUGGUCUACCAUCCUACCACCCCUACAGCAACAGCUAUGACUACUCAGACCAGAGCAGGCAAAGCGAGCGCUCCGGCCUCUGUGGACUCUCCAACCUGGGAAACACUUGCUUCAUGAACUCUGCUGUGCAGUGUUUAAGCAAUAUCCCUCCACUGACGGAGUACUUCCUCAAAGACAAGUUCACAGAGGAGCUGAAUGAGGACAACCCGCUGGGCAUGAAGGGGGAGAUCGCCAGAGUCUACGCUGAGCUUAUCAAGCAGCUGUGGUCGGGCAAAUUCAGCUACGUCACCCCAAGGCCUUUCAAGACCCAGGUGGGCCGCUUUGCCCCACAGUUCUCGGGCUACCAACAGCAGGACUCUCAUGAGCUGCUGGCCUUUCUCCUGGACGGCCUUCACGAAGACUUGAACCGCAUCAGGAAAAAGCCGUACAUCCAGCUGAAGGACGCUAACGGCAGGCCUGAUAAGGUGGUGGCGGAGGAGGCGUGGGAGAACCACAUCAAGAGAAACGACUCCAUCAUUGUGGACAUCUUCCACGGGCUUUUCAAGUCCACCCUGGUGUGUCCUGUGUGCGCCAAGGUCUCUGUGACUUUUGAUCCUUUCUGCUACUUGACCCUGCCCCUGCCCAUGAAGAAGGAGCGGACACUGGAGGUUUAUCUGGUCAGACUGGACCCUCUGGCCAAACCCACACAGUACAAGCUGACCGUGCCGAAGGUGGGCUACAUCUCUGACCUGUGUACCUCCCUCUCCAACCUGUCUGGGGUGCCUGCUGAGAAGAUGAUUGUAACUGACAUCUACAACCACCGUUUCCAUCGGAUCUUCGCCACCAACGAGAACCUCAGCAGCAUCAUGGAGAGAGAUGAUAUCUAUGUAUUUGAGUUGGCGGUGAACCGGGUGGAGGACACAGACCACGUAGUGAUCCCAGUGCACCUGAGGGAGAAGUACAAACAGUCGGGCUACAACCACACCAGCACGCCGCUGUUCGGACAGCCCUUCCUCCUCGCCGUCCCGAGAACCCUCAGUGAAGACAAACUCUACAACAUGCUGCUCCUGCGCCUCUGCCGGUUUGUGCGAUCUUCAGUAGAGGAGGAUGAAGAGGAUUGUGAAGAGACACCGCCUUCCAAACCACACACUGUCAACGGUAACGCCACUAAUGGACUUUUGGAGGAGGGGUCGCCGAGCGAGAUGGAGACCGAUGAGCAGGACGACGAGUCCAGUCAGGAUCAGGAGCUGCCCUCUGAGAACGACAACAGCCAGUCAGAGGACUCUGUGGACAACGAACUGGAGAACGGUGUGGUUGGUCCACAGAACUCCACCAAAGGCCAGCAGACGGCCGGACACAACCGAAAGAGACUUUUUACAUUCCAGUUCAAUAACAUGGGAAAAACAGACUUUACCCUCAUCAAGGAGGACACCAGGCAGAUCCGCUUUGACGAGGGACACCUCCGACUCAGUGACCGCUCUUAUCUCUCCUUGGACUGGGAACCGGAGAUGAAGAAGAAGUACUUUGAUGAGACCGUUGUCGAGGACUUUGACAAGCAUGAGAGCAUGGAGUACAAGCCUCAGAAGAAGGCUUUCUUCAAGCUAAAGGACUGCAUUGAACUUUUUACUACAAAGGAAAAACUGGGAGCAGAGGACCCGUGGUACUGUCCAAACUGUAAGCAGCACCAACAGGCCACUAAGAAGCUGGACCUGUGGUGUCUGCCGCCGGUGCUGGUGGUCCAUCUGAAACGCUUCUCCUACAGUCGUUACAUGAGGGAUAAACUGGACUCCCUUGUUGAUUUCCCUCUCAGAGACCUGGACAUGUCCGAGUUCCUGAUCAACCCCAAUGCUGGGCCCUGUCGCUAUGACCUCAUUGCUGUGUCCAACCACUACGGCGGGAUGGGUGGAGGCCACUAUACGGCUUACGCCAAGAACAAAGACGACGGAAAGUGGUACAACUAUGACGACAGCAGCGUGUCUCCUGCCAACGAAGAUCAAAUAGUGUCCAAAGCAGGCUACGUGCUGUUCUACCAGCGCCAGGACACGGUGAAAGGCACCGGCUACUUCGCUCUCGACCGCGAGGAAGAGGAAGAGGAGGAGGAGGAUGAGGAGGAAGGAGAAGAUGAGGAGAACGAAGGCGAGGAGAGACGGGAGAGAAAGGCCGCCUCCUCUGCUCAGGGCUCGUCCGCCGCCGGUGCCGCCAUCGCCUCCAACUCCGACGCAGCUCAGAGUGACGAGGAGGACCCGAACGAGAACCGGCGCAGGAAGAACGACAACGAGCAGGGAGAUGAAGAGGAGGAAGGGGAGCAGGCGCCCAAUCGAGACGUCACCAUGAAAACCAACUGAGGCAAAGCGAGGACAUGAACAAAACGGAGAGAGAGAGACUAGGAUCUUUCCAUCCAAAGCCAUAUGGACACACAGCAUGGCAGCGGGCGCCACCAGUCCCACCCAGCGGCUCGGACUCGGCCGCUCCACAGGCUGAGCCGCUGCGGGGGUGGCGGCUGUUAGGUCAGGGAGCUGUCGUGGUACGCAACUCUAAGAAAUCAGGGCCCUUCUCUGUGGUUGGAUCACUGUGUGUGUGUGUGUGUAUAUGUGUGUAAGGUGUGUGUGUGUGAGAGUGUGUCGCCACGUUCAUUCGCUUAGGAUUUGCUCACCUGCUCUCUGAUAAGAGUCGAUGAACAACAUUUGGGAUGGGGUUAGAGGCGUCACAGUACCGCGGUGUAGCGCUCUUAAUCGCUCUCUGCUUUUUGUGUUCCUUUUUGAUUUUUUUUUUUUUUUUUUUUUUAUAUAUAUUUUUUGAAAGCAAUGCAUUGUUGGCAUAUCAUUUUAUUAUCAUUUAGACCUUGUAAAUAUUUUAGACACUGAAUUAUAUCAGGUUUUCAUGAUGCGCUGAAACAUUUUGAACUUGCACAAUCACCAACCCUCCACCUUUUUUUUUUUUUUUAUGUAUUAUUGCCAGACAUACUGCAAUUGUUUAACAAUAACGUCUCUCAGAUGGCUUUUCUCACGUAAAAAGCUUAAGAAGCUGCCUUUUAUUAAGCUAGGGGUGAGACACGUGUAGAUUCUAGACUUAACAUAGAGAAGUGAUGCUCAUAAUUGGAUUUAUAAAAUGUCGUACAGCCAAACUGUCCUAGCUUUGUGCUGCUGCUGCUACUGCUGUGAUCUUGCAUUUUUAGACAGAUUAUUAGCGUAUCGGCAUGAACCAUAGCGAUUUAAGGUCCUGCCUUUGUUGUCCCUCUCUCUGGUCUCUUCUCUGUUGAUCAUUUAUAUUUCCGAAAACCUAAAAUAAA